GGCUCAUGAAAUGGAACAUUUUCAGUCGAGGACUCGGGAAUUUCAGUGGAAGGACUCACACACCCUUAAUUCUCAGGGAAGGACUCUCCGGCCGACUAUAUAUACCUCCCCUCAUUUUCAUCCCAAUCAUGCCUCCACCACCACCUCUGCAUUGUUCCUUCUUCUUCUUCUGCCUUCGUUUCGAUCUUGAUUGUGCAGGAUGACCAUCAUCAUCGACCAACCUGAAUUCGUUGAUGAGGUGGAGGAAAUAAUAGGGUACGAAGAAAAUGGGAAUGAACUGGUGCUCGAUGGAGGAUUUGAGGUGCCGACGACCAACGCAUUUGGCCACACUUUUAGGGAUUACGAUGUUCAUAGUGAGCGGAGAGAUGGGGUUGAAUUAUUCUACCGAAUUCAGCACAUCAACCAAAGUGUUGACUUUGUGAAGCGGAUGAGAGAAGAAUAUGGAAAGUUGGACAAGGUGGAAAUGAGCAUAUGGGAAUGCUGUGAACUUUUGAAUGAAGUUGUGGAUGAGAGUGAUCCUGAUUUAGAUGAGCCUCAGAUUGAGCAUCUGCUGCAGACUGCUGAAGCUGUCAGAAAAGACUACCCUAAAGAAGGCUGGCUACAUUUAACUGCCCUGAUCCAUGAUCUUGGAAAGGUGCUUAAUCUUCCUGCUUUUGGUGAACUUCCUCAGUGGGCUGUUGUAGGAGACACAUUUCCUGUUGGCUGUGCCUUUGAUGGGUCAAUCGUUCAUCACAAGCAUUUCCAAGGGAAUCCUGACUACAGCAAUCCUGCUUAUAACACUGAAUAUGGAAUUUACUCUGAAGGCUGCGGACUUAACAAUGUCCUGAUGUCAUGGGGACACGAUGACUACAUGUACUUGGUGGCCAAGGGGAAUAACUCUACUCUUCCUUCAGCUGGUCUUUUCAUCAUCAGAUACCAUUCAUUUUACGCUUUACACAGGGCAGGAGCAUAUAAGCACUUGAUGAAUGAAGAGGACAUUGAGAAUUUGAAGUGGCUCAAAGUAUUCAACAAGUAUGACCUUUACAGUAAGAGCAAAGUUCGGAUUGAUGUUGAGAAAGUCAAGCCCUACUAUCUCUCACUAAUUGAGAAGUACUUCCCUGCAAAACUGAGAUGGUGAAACUAGGAGGUUAUGUCAGUGAAGAAAUAGAUGGUAGUAGCUGAAUAAAGACACCGGAUUUAGCACAUUUGAUUCUCCGUUUUCGUUUCCAUGUUCUUUGUUUUUGUUCUCCUUUUCAUGUUUCUUAUUCCAGAAGGAGGUGUUUUUACCUUUACCCCUGAGUUAGUAAAUAAACCAAUGUAUCAACAAUGCUACCUUUGAAGUAAAUCUAUGGCAUAGAACAUUGCCUCUGUUGUCUCAUACACCUCUUCCAUUAUUUACGCUCCAACCAAAGUUACAUAUCAAGUACCAAACUUUGUUUAUUUUCUCUGUUCUGUGAUAUAGGUCAAGGCUUUCAUUGCUUGAAGGGCACAUGGAGUGUGUAAUGAGUCUUAAACUCCGAAGUCUGUACCUUGUGGAU